UGCGCCUGCCGAGGUGGGUCCCGCAAACGUGGCAGAGCUGCCCGCGGGAGAGACAGGGGCCGUGGCCAAUGCUGAGACCUCCCCGGAUUCUUCCUUGGGAGAUGGGCGAGCAACAGGAAUACAAGCGAAUACAACGUCCCCAACUGCCUUGGCCUCUCCCAUGGAAACCGUGGCUAGGCCCUCAGCUUCAGAGCAAGGAUCUCCAACCCCUUCAUUUUCUGGGGCCCCAGAGCCAUCCCCACGGACAGGAACUGGGCCAGUUGGGAGGGCAGAACAAACAGCCAUCUCGGCCAGUGACUCAGGAGUCCCCUUACCAGGCCUGGAGGCAGUUACUAGGCCACCACUAACUAUACUACACCUGUCCACCGCUUGUACUCCCUCGGCUCCGGGACCCAACUCCCCCUCCCUACCUGGGGAAAAGGGGUUAACACCACCAGGACUCCCCAAGGCUACCGGGGGUUCAGCUGGUGCGUCACACGUGUCGGCUGCCACAACUUCAGCACCCUCCGGACAACAGGUGAAGACUCCGCUCCCCCUCUUAGGAGCAACAGCUCUUCGGUCCGAUACCAGAGCAGCGCUGGAGCAGGAGAGAACUGCGUCUGUUUCAGCUGGGACCAGAGAGGCUAUUGCAAGGGGUACGGGCCAGUCAGCAACACUCACAGCUGUGCCACUGUAUCCAUACGGGGCCAAGGCAAACGAUAAGCAAUACGUGGACAGAAGAGCGGAUUUUAACUCGCCUGUCUUCAAACCCGAGAUUGGCUUCCCGUUUGGGAAAACGCUGCGCGAUUCUCUAUACUUUACAGACAAUGGACAAAUCGUUUUCCCAGCCUCGGACAGCGACCUGUUCCCAUCGCCAAACCCUCUGCCCGGGGGAUUUAGUGGCCGGGAGAAAACACCAAUGGUCGCAGUGUUCUGGGAUAACGCCGACUUCUCCCAAGGCGAUGGCGCCACCUUUUACCAGGAGUUUGUCACUCUCGACUCUGCCGAGCACCCCGUUGUCCGAGACGUGGAGGCCAAGAUACGCCGGUACCUGAAGACGUCGUACUCUGCAAAAUGGACCCUUAAGAUCACCUGGGAGAAGGCCCCGGCCUAUCCCGCACGGCAGCCUGUCUCUCGGACAAACACCUACCAGGCUGUCCUCACCACGGACGGAGUCAAGUCCUACGGCCUGAUCCUUUACCAAGAUGGCGGCAUGCAAUGGGAUUACACCAGGCUUGGCGCCACCAAUGUGCUAAUGGGCUAUUCCAGCGGGGAUGGAUUUUACCGGAAUGACGAUCUGACCCGAAGGCCCCCGGCUGCCAAAUAUCGGCCUGACCAGUUCAGAGGCUACAACACAGAUCUGCGCGGGCUGUGGCUGUACGGCCUAGCUAGCCAAGAGCGCGUGAACUACCGAGUGCAGUGCCUGGCCUGGCUGAGCACGCAGCAGGAUCCAGCUGGCUGGAACAAGGACCUGCCCUCGUGCCCUUGCUCCUUGCCCCCAGCAGCAUCGGAGCCGCGCUACCGACGGAGCAGAGGAGGCUUGGCGGACGCCCAGGUGACCCUGCUGUAUCCAGUCUCCCCCAACCGGUACGGCGCCGGGGUCCGCUGUCUCUACAACAGCCGGAAUGAGCUCGUCGACGGGCGGCAGGAGAGAUCCUGGAAGGCCUGGCGUCACGUGGCCUCCUACCGUGAUCCAGAGUUGAAGUUCCAGGCCUGGUGCUGCCGGCUGGCGGGGAGCCCCCAGCUCUGUGCUAAGUACAGUCAGAAGAGACCCAAGACCAGCUGUGCUGGCUACAGGCAGCCAAGGCCAACAUCGUCCUCGGAGGAGGCAGACAGCUACUCGGAGGAAGGGAGAGACUGAGGCCGGGCCCCGCAGGGCUUUGGUGGCUCCCCCCGGCCAGCCUCGCGCUGCUGUUGCUGCGUUGCUGGAUGGGAGCGGCACAGAACCUGUCCGGCGGGCGAGAGCUCCUCCGUGCGCGGCAGGGCCGAGCGUGCCUCCUUCGCAGAGCGGGCGGGGCCGUGGGGAGGAAGCCGGCGAGGUUUUAUACAGGGGUGUCUGUUACCCCCAAAGCACUUCCAGUUGGCAAAUAAAGGCUUGGAGGA